GCAAGUUUUGUUUAUUUUUAGUUUUAGUUUUCUCUAAAUCAAAAAAUCACUAAUUACUGUUUCGGUUUAUCCACAAAAUAAUAAAUAAAAAUAUAAAAUGGCCACAACUCCACCAGACUUAGACUGGGUCCAAUUGCGUAUCGAUAUGGGAGAGGAACAUCAUGAAGAUUUUAAGACUAGAUUUAAGCGUAAAAUGCUUGGAAAUCCUCUGGUACCUAUAGGAAUGGUAGCAACAACAGUAGCUUUGUUUACUGGUCUAGGAUAUUUCCGAGUAGGUAACAGUGUCAAGCAGCAGAUGAUGAUGCGAGCUCGUGUUUCUGCUCAGGGUUUUACUAUUGCAGCAGCGCUUUUUGGAACUUUGUCUGCAACUGUUUCUUCUCAUUUUGAGGAAGUUGCUAAUUAUACUAAAAAAUAUACUGGAAUUGGUACUCCAACUAAUACUGAUGAUGGUACUAGUUCUAGUCCUGAAGUUAAGGCUAGUCCUGAAGUUAAAACUAGUUCUGAGCCUAAAGCUAAAGAUGAGGGUGAAAAGAAAGAGGCUUCACAAACUAAAGUCAAGUUAGAAGAAACAAAAAAAGUUGAUGAUAAAAAAACCGGAAAAUAAAUGUAUUGUAUGAAACAUUACAGAUAUUUAGUUGAUUGAAUAUCUAUAUUUAUAUUUAUAUAACUAGUUUUAUGUAUGUAAAUAAAUAUCUUUUUGAGUUUAUCGAUAAUUAAUCAUAGUUAUUUAAUAAUAGUAUCAAUUAUAGAAAUAGAAAAUUGGGCUCUGGAAAAUAUUUAGAGAAAUAUAAAAGAAAAAUAUAUGUAAUAGGUAGUUACUGAAAAGAUAA